CCGGAGAUUUCUUGAUCCGGGGGGAGUCGAAGAGGAGACGCGGCUGGAGUAGGCGGCGGGGUGGUGGUGGGGGUCGAUCGCCUUGGCUUUCUUCGGACCGAGCUGCGGCAAUGCCGGAUCCGGCCGGCCCGGCGUGCCCUGUCGGUGCCUCCGCGCUGUCAUGCCGUCUCUGAGCCGCGUCGUUGGCGGCGGGGACCGUGGAUGCGCGCCGGCUGCGGAGAGGACGACGACGACGAAGACGAGGAGGAGCGAGCAGCGGGGGCGGCGCCCGGCGGCGGGGCCCAGCGAGGAUGCAGAUCCGGCUGUCGCCGAGCAUGAGGAGCAUCACCAUCUCCAGCGGCGGCGCCGGUAGCAACGGCGGCAACGGCCAUGGCCUGCUAGACUUGAUGAAGCUCAAGGCCGCCGCCCGCCACUUCUCCUACCGCACCGUCUUCCACACCGUCCUCAUCCUCGCCUUCCUCCUCCCCUUCGUCUUCAUCCUCACCGCCCUCGUCACCCUCGAGGGCUUCAACAAGUGCUCCUCCCUAGAUUGUUUGGGCAGACGGUUAGGCCCACGCCUUCUUGGUAGGGGCAAUGAUGGCUCAAUGAGGAUCGUGAGGGAUUUGUAUAGGGUGCUUGAUGAAAUAAAUUCUGAGGAAGUACCUGUUGAUCUAAAGGUCCCAGACUCUUUUGAUGAAUUUAUCUGGGACAUGAAGAAUAAUGAUUAUGAUUUAAGGUCAUUUGCUUUUAGGCUUAAGGCCACGAUGGAGAGCAUGGAUAGGGAAUUGAGAACCUCGAGGUUAUCGGAGCAGUUAAACAAACACUAUGCAGCAAUUGCUAUUCCAAAAGGCCUUCAUUGUCUUUCAUUGCGUCUAACUGAUGAAUACUCAUCCAAUGCUCUUGCAAGGAAACAACUCCCGCCACCGGAGUUGAUCCCUCGUCUUUCUGACAACUCCUAUUUCCACUUUGUUUUAGCAUCAGAUAAUAUCCUCGCAGCCUCAGUUGUGGUUACUUCAACAAUUAGAUCAUCAUUGAAGCCUGGCAGGAUAGUCUUCCAUGUCAUUACUGACAAGAAGACUUACCCUGCUAUGCAUUCAUGGUUUGCUUUGAAUCCUCUGUCUCCUGCCAUUGUUGAGGUGAAAGGUGUUCACCAGUUUGAUUGGUUGACAAGAGAAAAUGUGCCAGUUUUUGAAGCUAUAGAAACUCAGCAUGCAGCCAGAAGUCGUUUCCAUGGAAAUCACCUUGCAAGCACCAGUGUAGGUGAUACCCCAAGGGUUUUUGCUGCCAAGCUACAGGCAGGGAGUCCAACAUAUACUUCUGUGCUCAAUCAUAUCCGAAUAUACUUGCCUGAGUUGUUCCCAGGCCUCAACAAGGUUGUAUUUCUUGAUGACGAUGUUGUUGUCCAGCGGGACUUGUCAUCGCUUUGGGGUAUUGAUCUAGCUGGGAAGGUAAAUGGAGCUGUUGAGACCUGCAGAGGUGGAGAUGCUUGGGUGAUGUCCAAGAGGUUCAGAAAUUAUUUUAAUUUCUCCCAUCCCCUUAUUGCCAACAACUUCGACGCUGCAGAGUGUGCAUGGGCGUAUGGCAUGAAUAUUUUUGACCUGAGUGCAUGGAGAAAGACAACUAUUAAAGAUAAAUACCACCAUUGGGUCAAGGAGAAUCUGAACUCAGACUUCACACUUUGGAGGCUUGGAACAUUACCACCAGGCCUUAUAGCAUUUAGAGGUCAUGUUCAUCCUAUUGACCCAUCAUGGCAUCUUUUAGGCUUGGGGUAUCAGGAAAAGACUGAUAUCCCUAGCGUUCAGAAAGCAGCAGUCAUACAUUACAAUGGGCAAAGUAAACCAUGGCUGGAUAUUGGUUUUAAACAUCUCCAGCCAUUUUGGACAAGACAUGUGAACUACUCGAAUGAAUUCAUAAGAAACUGUCAUAUAAUGGAGCCUCAGUUAUAGAUUGGUGAGAUAUACACCAUUCUAUAAAGUAAAGGCGUAAAUUAUGGAGUUAAAUUCAUUAUUUUGGAGACCAAUACCAGAUAGUCCAGAAGGAUAUCCACGAAAUGCUCUCUGAACAGUAAUCCGGAGCUGGUACACGAGCUGAUGGAGGAUAUUUAAUGAACACAAAGGAAAUACGUUGUUCCUGUUUACACUAGGAUCUCUUUCCCUUUAUUUAUUCCAUUUGUAUCAUAGCUCAUGAAAUCACAAUAUUGUUUAGGAUGGUUCUUUUGUAUUUAUUGGAGCAAUAUAAAAUUGCCUGAUUUGGCGGGAUUGAUAGUAGGCCCAUCGCUAUUGUAAUUGUUGGAUCCAGUUCACCUCAUGGACAGCAUAUGGGUCAGAUUUUGAUUUUGCAAAGCAAGCCCUGUACAUUUGCUUCUUGUU